CCCCUCUGUAGCUUCUCUCAGCCGUCCUCCUCAUCUUCCUCUCCUUUCACCCUCCAUCCUCUCUCCUCUCACCAGGAGGAGUCAGGAUGGGUUGUCGCCUGACUCGGACCAAGGGCAAGACUCAAGAACCUUCUCAUCAGCGCCACCGGGAGGAGGUGCAAUAUGUGGACGAGUACGGCCAGCCAAUUGCCGUGGAGGCCAGAAGGGGGCGUGGACACAGGAGGAGGCGGUCUCACUGCGCGGUCGACUGUAACGUCCCAACGGAGAGGCACUGGGAGGCCCUGAGAGCCAUGGGCCUGAUGGAGGGAGAGAGAAGCCAGAGAGACGCCUACGGUGCGGGAUCUUAUUAUGGUCACAUGACCGCGUCGCCCGACCUGUACUCCAAUGAUGAUGCCAUGAUGAUGCCGCCCAAUGCCUACCCAACCAACGGCUACCUGGCCAGAUCGUCCAAUGAGCAGCACCCGGGGGACAACUACCUGCCCAGCGUCUCCUACAGCCUCGAUCACCUGGACAGACUGGACUACCAGGGACCAGAAAUGUUGCCCUACCAGCCAAACUCCGAGAGCUGUCUGAUCGGCUGCUACAGCACGGAACAGAUGGAGCCAAAGGAUUUCCACCGAGAGUCGGACUAUCACCCCCCCUGGCGGUCGGAUCGUUUCCUCGGGUACCUUCCCCUCAGCGAGCUGGACAGCGGGCUGGGCUGCGGCCCUGACAGCCCGCAUCACCAAACGGCACUCUCCGAGGGCGAGACGGACGCCAUGUCGUCACUGCCGGGGCACACCCCUUCCUCCCAGGGCUCCUCCUCCUCCUCAGAGUCCCUGAUCUCCUCCGAACCCAGCGACUCCGGGUUCCACAGCGUCAGCACCGGGGAGCACCGCCGACUUCACAAGAUUCCCGGGAGCCACGCCCACCGCCAGACGCACCACCCUCGCUCCCCCCGGGAGCAGAGAGGACGCUGGGAUUUGGAGUCCAUCCCUGAGAAGACUCCGAUGAUCCACUCUGGGGCGCCGCAGGCGUCCCGCUGCACUGUGGGUAACAGCACCACUACGACGGUUCACUUCCACAGAGCCGAGAGGAGUCCCACCUUACCUCGCCAUCGCUCGCCUCCUUCCCCUUCCACUGGUUGCCGUACCGAGCCCUGUCAGCGGAGGGCGCUGUGGUUGGAGCAGCAACACGGAGGCGGAGGCACGAUUGAGGCCCCGGGUCGGAGUCGAACACUAACGGACCUGAGCGAAGGGCUGCGUCCCCGCCGGGCCAGCCACCCCAACGCGGCCGACCCCAACGCCCUGCGAAGCGGCCUCCAAGACGGCCGGCCGGGGAAACCCAGUAACAAGCUGGGGCCGAGGAGCAGGGCCAGUUACCCCAGUAACUGUCAGCACCCCGGUCACCUGGGCAUGGACCGAACCAGUCUGAACAGUCACCAGAACGCACCGAGAAACAGCUGGAGCCGAGAGGAAGACGCCCUUCCCAAGAGUCCCGGCUCUGGAUCCAGCGGCGCGUCGGACUGGCGUGGCUUUCAGACCCUGGGGAAUCGCCCCCGCGUCUCCAAAGGCUCCCCAGGGCCCUGCUACAGCACGCUGGGAGCGCCGCAACACAACCCGACCCGCUCCCCGCCUUCACCCCGCUCCAGAGCGUCCAAUCAAAAGUCGGUCAGGAACCAGCUGCUCAGGGCGCGAGCCUACCGGCUGGCCAGGGAGCGCAGCGAGGUCACGACGGACGAGGAGGUGCGAGGAGGCGGCGAGAGGAAUGGCGAGGAGGAAGGGGAAGAGGGACGGUGGGCCGGGCGGUACUGGAGCCGCACCGAGAGGAGGCGACACCUGGCGUUGUCGCGGCAACACAGAGAGCGGAGAGGCUGCGGCGGGGAGGAGCCGGCCGGGGGACUCCAGGCGUCCAUGACCUCUCAGACGGUGCUGGAGCUCAGCCACAUGAAGCAGAACCGCCUGAGGAACAGCAAGGUGCUGGACGACUGGACCACGGUGGAGGAGCUGCUGACUCACGGCACACGAGUGGAGAGCGACGGUCAGCUCUGUCCCAGCCCUCUGCUAUCGGUUACUACUGUCUGAGUGUGUGGGGGGAGGACAGCUCCCCCCGUUGGUCACCGCUGGUCCCACACUUCAGUCACUGACAGGUCAGCGUGGUGAAAAGAGGGAAGCGUCAUCACACCGAAGACGUUUGUGUUUCACUGUACGGCAAAAGCACAAACCCACAACCACUGUGGGGACUCUUGGGACUUGUCAAAGGCUCAGGUGGUUGCAGCCAUUGGAGGAAGACUUGCUCGGAGGGUUAGGGGUUCGCUCACAUACCUGCUCGCUAGUAUGCUGUAACGAGGGGGCGGAGUCUGCCACAGGUACACGUUUGUCCCUUUGAAAGAUCCAUCAGGUGCACAUUGUCCUAAACCAGUUAAAAGAAAAAUAGUUAACAUUACACAAUUAGACGACAUUCCAACGCCUCUGUGGAGCUACGAUGUGUUUAGCAUCCCGAUGUUCUCACUCCACCAUCGGGUGGUUCACAUCAGGUAAAAUAACGUCUCAUUUUGGCACGUUUAUUGCUAACUUAGCCUAUCAGCUAACUAGCUAGAAAAGGUAAUCUGUGUUGGGGACGUACAUCGAGUGAGACCGGAGGCAAUACAAGUCCAAAAAAUGAAUAGAUGGUCUCACACGAGUCGAUUGGGUGCUCACUGAGGAUCUCGGUCAUGUAAUGUGAGCGAGUUUGAACAAAUCAAGAACUAAAAAAACAACUGGUACUCAGGGGGAAAAAACACCAACAAACUCAGCACCGAAGGGUUGAAACCAGCAGCGAUGACCCCAAACGCUGGAGAAACCGGUGGGAAAAUGGGUGUCCAUAAGUCCCAGCAGCUCUGCAGCGUCUCCGGUAGCUUCAGCUACCAGCAACCAGAGCUGGAAGUUGAACCUUUGUGGUCAGACGGGCUCUGAAUUCUGUCUCACGCGACGUACGUAGUUUAUCUUCAGUCUCCCGAGUGCUUUAUACCUACAUCUCACACAGCGUGAAGAGUUUCUAUUGAUUAAAGGCGUCUGAAAGGGAAUCAAAAGCAGCGGUUUUAAAGGAAUAGUUUGACAAAUAGAUAGAGGUCACGAUUAAGUCACGGAAUAAACAAAGUUGUUCUUUGGUUGCAAACAAAACAUCAGCAGAGAAUCCAAUGAUGGAGCUCUUUCAUCUUCUACUCACUAAAUGAGACUUUCAUCCAGCAUGUCGGAUCUUCAGGUUGUCUCUUAUUUCGAAGUUGAGGUCCAUCACACCGGAAACAAACAUCUCUCGUCUCCUCACAAACAUGCUGAGAACAUAUGUGGGAGGAAUAAUCUGUGACUCGCUGAUCAGGGUUAAAUGUUACGAUGAAAUAACGUGUUAAACAAUGAAACUGUUCAAUGCAAUUUUGUCAAAUAUGAUAAAAUGUAUUUUUAUUUUCGUAUCCUGUCGAGGUUCAGGUGGAAAUGAAAAUCCAGAAGACGGUUUUCAUGUCACCAAGUUGAAUAUAUUUGAGGGGUUGUUUUUCUAAACCGUGUGUGUGUGUGUGUGUGUGUGUGCGCAUUGAUGCAAGAGAAAAAAUAUGAAGUUUGGCCAAAGAUUAUUGUGUAACUUUGGUUUGUGGACAAUCUAGAAGAAGCACCACUGUAUGAUGUAAAGGUAUAUUUUAUAAUCAUGGUAGUUUUUAUAUUCUUUAUCCUCAUACUUUGCCUUCGGUAGAUCACUUCUGCUUCUCACCAACGUCCUGCUAUGCUAGCGCGCGUAGACGUCUGUUAGCAUCAGCUUCAUCAUUGCAGUCUAAACCUAAAGCAUGCGAACUCCCGAUUAGGCAAAAACUGAAAUGCUAAUUUUGUGCUAAAGUGUUUUAUUUUUUUGACAGCAAGCGAUACUCUGAAACCGUUUAUAACCUGAUUUGUUGAAUUAAACAGAUGAAAACCAGUGUAA